AUGUUGCAGUUGUGCUUGGCGCUGCUUCUGGCGACCGCUUUACGGGCCUCGAGUCUGGAGCUCUCGGUGACCAGCGUCUCCCGCAGCAAUGGCGAAAGAGUGGAGUUUCUGGUGGCUGGACAAGCCCUGGAUGUGCAGUCGGGCCGUGGGAUGAAUAUCGCUGUGGUGAACCCGGACGGUUCUCUGAGUUCCUUCCAGGUGUUCGAUACCCACGCGGCGGACUCGGAAGCCUUGGUCACCUUCCUGACGGGGCUGAGCAGCGGAUCUCUCGUGUUGGCAGCCGUGCGCGAUGAGGCGCAGAGCAACAUGACCGUGGCAGCCAAAGACGCCAUGAAGAGCUGUGGUGCCACGUUGAUUGACAGCCUCACCUAUCGGGGAUCGUAUGCCUUGAUCGGUCUGAAAGAUGGCGUCGCCCUGGCGGAGCAGACCUUCGAAGAUGGUCAGCAAAACGCCGUGGCGAAUGCCACGUACAGCAACCAACAGACCAAUAACAUCAAGGUCAACAGUACCUCGAGGAGCGCAGGCAUGGAAGUCACAUUUGAAGUGGAUGGCAACGUGCUGAGUGUCAGUACGGGUCGAGGAAUGAACGUUGCCGUGAUUCAGGCUGGACUGCUGGAGUCCUUCCAGGUCUUUGACACACAUGCCGCAGGCUCAGAAGCUUUGGUGACCUAUAUCCAAGGGCUGAGCAGUGGAACACUCGUGGCCUGCGGUGCACUAGACGAUGCCCAGGGAAAUCUGAGUUCCGCGGCCAAAAACGCCUUGAAGACCUGUGGGGCCACCUUGAUCGACUCGAUUAGCUACAGAGGAUCCUAUGCGCUCAUCGGUGUGAAGGACGGCCCUGCUCUGGCAGAACAGGCCUUUCCCAACGGCCAAAUGGCGAUUGUCAGCGCUGACUACAUCAGUGCCAUAGUGCCCGGGAGUGUGACGACCACGGCCAGCCCCACCACAGAUGAGAUGGAGGUGGUCUUGACCCAGAUGGAGCCCUUCUGCACUGGCGGUGGCAGGGCCAGCCAGCUGGGGUGCUAUGUGCAAACGAUCUCGUGGACGAACGGAGUUCGGGACAAUGAGAAUUUCCAGAUCAUGAACAGCUACAUCGAACAGGCCAUGGCGAGUCGCCUGUCUUCCUCCUUCCGUUUGGUGGAUUUCUUUCGUCUCGGUGGGGCUAUGCCGGAGGAGGUGGUGAAUGGCCAUGGCUCUCAGAUGCUGAACCUGUGGGUGUGGACCGUGAUGUUCAAUGCCAUGUGCCCAGCUCAAAUGGCAGCCAGUGGGUCCUAUGCCACCUGGCAGGGCAACCUGUGCUCCGGAACCGAGGCACGCUUUGAGAACUGUCCCAACUACUAUCCCAGCUGUUUGGAUGGACCGCGCUGCGAAAAGUGGGAGUGCAUGAACAGUGUGCCUUGCACCCUGAAAGCGGGUGAUCCACCCAUUGCUGGAAAUACGGAAGGACUUUGUGCGGAUGCCAUCAAUAUUUCUUCCUUCCUGGCAGUGGCAGCUACCGAAGAAGUGCAGAUGGCAGAUGCCUGCCACAACAAUCAAGGCAAACUUCCGCUCUUUGGUGCAGGUUUGCGCACCCGCCUUUGGUGCAACGCGUCCUUAGAAUUCGUCCUGCCGCUGGUUGCGCUCCUUUUGGCCACAGCCCUCAAGAUCUUCCUUCAUUUCAGGGAGAAGCAACAAGCAGCUGCACCAAAGAAAGGGGAAGUGAAAGAGAAGGAGCUUCCGGCCGAGGGCCCCCGGCACAUUGCCCUCUUCCGCAGCGAGGGCGCCAAGAGUGUCCAAGUGCAGAGCGGACCUGCGAGCCCAGCCUGUUCAGACGAACACGACCUGGACUUUUCCUUGGAGAUCCAUGAGGAUGAGAUGAAAACGGCCAAGACGCACCAGAGCACCAAGACGUACCGGAGCACCAAGACUCAAAAGACGGAUUUCCCGGAUGUCAAAUCAGAGAGAGCCGCUGCAUCGCGUGCAGCUUCACAAGUGGAGGAAGAGUUUAACAAUGUCUUGGACGCGGCUCCAGCUGUGCUCCCUCGCUCUAAGAGCCACGUGACGCUGAAAUCGGAGGCACCAAAAUCGGAGGCGGCAAAAUCGGAGGCGGCAAAAUCGGAGGCGGCCGAGGAAGUGCCGGUGCCGCACCAGGUGCCAGAAGUACCAGAACCUGUGAAACCUUCUGCAGCACCAAAGUUUCAAGGCAAAACCUUGAUAUUUUCCUGUGAGCCUUCUCUUGCUACUUCCACAGGAAACAAAUAUCCAUUGGGCCUCGCAAGGUUCAUGGGCUCCACACAUGUGGUGGUGGGCCACCUCUUUGCGAAGGGUGUCACUGAGCCCAUCUACUUCUUUGGUUGGGGCUUCACCUGGGUGCCAUGGUUCUUCAUGCUGAGCGGCUUUGUCCUCUUCUCUGCAUAUCUGAAGAAUCCCAAGGAGGAGACCAUGAUUCAGUACGUCAUGAGGAGGAGCACUACCAUCUACCCCCUAUAUGCCUUCUCUCUCAUCCCAGCCUUUAUCAUCGGCAAGGCCUACGGCACCAUGUCGGCGGAAUGGCCCACGCUGCUGGCGCAGAGCUUCUUGUUACAGGCCUGGGUGCCACACUUCACGGAGAACGCGCUGCAGAUGCACUGCUGGUUCUUGAGCUGCAUGGUGGUGUAUUGGUUCUUCUUCAAACCCUUGUCCCACGUUCUGAAGAACAUCACUUUGCUGAAGACGUGUUUGCUCAUGGGCUUCUUCUUCUUUUUGCCCUGGCUGCUCAUCUUCAUUCCAGUCAUUGCCAAUGAGGACGUGGACUGGUACAAGAAUCACGAAUUCUAUGCCACCGACACCUUCUUGGAUAUUGGUGUUGUCAUGCUGAAGUUCCAUCCCAUUUGCUACUUUCAUGUCUUUAUCUUGGGAAUGCUGCUGGCCAAGCUUCGGCAGCUCUUGGACAAGAAAGCCGCGCUGAACUUUCACGGUUGCUUCUCCUGGCGAAAUCCCUACAACGUGGCCUUGCAGUUUGUGGCACCUAUGGGCUAUUUGGCGCUGUUCCUGGUCUUCAGCGUUCAAGAAUUUCAAGCCCGAGCAUGGGGCUACAAACUCUCGGCUCGGAUUUCUGUCCUGUUGCCCUUCCAAGCGAUGAUUUUAUUUGGCUUAGCGGGGCUGCCCAGCUUGCCAUUGCCGAUGUUCUCCUAUGCUUUCUCCAAGAUGGACUUUCUCGAGAACUAUUCCUACUGCGUUUACGUCUUUCAGUUCCUGUGUUACGCCGUCUGGCCGCAGACCGGCUUGGUCAACUUGGCGCUGUUUCUGGUGUGGACCUACGCUUCCGCCUUCCUGAUUGCGCGCUGCAUCCAGCAACCCAUCCAGAAAUGGUGGGCGUCGCAUCCGAAGGGUCGUCUUGUUGUGCCCUUCGUAUUGGGUGCUGCACUGGUGGGUUUCAGUUUCCUGCCAGAUCCCGCCUACGAUGGAAGCUUGCCGGACAUCCCAGCACAGAUGGUGAUUGACAACCAAACAGUGGAUCUGAGAUUACAACUUCACGAUCCCGAAGGACAUCGCCUGGGCGCCUCCGUGAUCAACCCCUCCAUCCUGCUGAAGGACGGCGCGGUGGUGGUCGUGGCCCGGCGCCACCGCCGGGAAACGAAACAGCGCAGUGCGGUCUACAACGGGCCAGAAGGCUCCGGCGAUGCGGUGGUGAUUGAUCAGAUCUGGCAUUCAGAGAUCAUCAUGGGCAGCACGGCGAUGGACUCCAUUGCAUGGGCCAAGUGGCCCACGGGAACUUCCAAUCCUUUGGACAUGCUUCCCAUGACCAGCUGGAGUGGACUUCGGACUCCCAGGGGCCAGCAAUGGAAGGAGGAUCUUUGCUGGGCUGAAACCUGGAUCAGCAGCAACAACACGCUUAUCCGACACAUCGUCACGGGGCCGGAAGAUCCGAAGAUGGUGGAGCAAGCAGGUUCCAUUGUGGUCGCCUUUGAUUCCAAACCUCCGCAUGGCGGAGACACCAGCACUUGCCGGAAGAAUCAGCAGGGCUUCCAUGACUCGGUGACGCAGAUGUACAUGUCCACAGGUGUACUUGUGGCCCAGCCUUCCAAUCCCAUGGUGGGAUACCGGCUGAGUUAUGGCCAUUCCGAUGUGGCAGAGAAGAAUUGGAUCCCCUUUACCUACCAGAACUCUUUGUACUUUGUCUACGCGCCCAUGCCCCAUGUCAUCGUUGGUGCUCAAAUGGAUGGAGCCAGUGAGAAGCUUUACAGCACCACCUUCCGCCCCUUGCAGCGUAUUGCGCAAGAGUCACCACAUAUUUCGAUUCGAGGCUCUGCUCAGGCAGUCUUUGUGAACAACACAGAGGCAACGCCCAGCCUGGCUCGGCCUCAUUACCUGGCACUGCUGCAUUUGUUCGACAGCUCCACUGGGCGCUACGCGCACCAUGCCUACCGUUUUGGAGCUGAACCGCCCUUCAUGAUGCUCCAGAUGUCCACGCAGCUUCCCCUCAGCGAAGCCGCCGCCGUCCCCAACGGCGUGAAGUUUGCCUUUGCCUCGGGCCUGGCCGUCGCUGGGAACACCGUGGUGAUCACCUAUGGUGCCGGGGACCGGGACGCCCGUGCACUGGUGAUGACGCUGGAAAAACUGGAUGCGGAGUUCACGAAUGUGAGUUUGCUGAAAGCGGCUCAGCUUCAAUGGGCAUGUGCGCACUUGGUGCCCAUUAUCGGUUUGUUGCUCUCAGCCUCCCUGGAAGUGGAGAGUGGCGUUGCCAGGGCUUUGGUGGAUUUUAUCUGCGAGACGCAGGAAGUCAUUCCGACCAAGAUGUGCAUCCGGAUGUUGCUGAGCUCCUCUUAG